AUUAGUUGGAAGACCAAAAUUAUAUAAUCACUGUUCAGGAUAAAAAAAAAGGGGAAACAAUGCGAAAAUUAUUCAAUUUAAUAUUUUUAUGUUUUCUUCAAAGUGUAUUCAGUAAUUCAUAUAGUGAAUAUAACGGUUAUGGUGGUUAUACUGGUGGUUAUCCUAGCGGAAAUGGAGGCAGCUAUAGUCAGCAUGGUGGAGUGAAAUAUUACUCAACUGCUGUAGAUAUCUAUGGUAAUAGUUAUAAUGGUAAUGAUUACAACAAGGCAUACGAUAAGUAUUAUACUACAAGCAAUGAUAAACCUGCAUACUAUACUGCAUAUUAUAACAGUUAUCCAAGCAAAGUAUAUAACAAAUACAAUUACAAAGAUUACAACAAAUAUGAUACCUAUAGUACUUCGAACGAUUACGCCUACAAUGACUACAGCCAGUAUGGAUAUGGUAAAUAUUAUGAUAAAUAUAGCAAUGGAAAGAUUUACAAUAAAUAUACCUAUACUGACAAUUAUGACAAGUAUGACACGUCGAAGAGCUAUGAUAAAGAUUACAGUAAAUAUUAUUACACCAAGAAAUAUGACACAUAUGACUAUUCAAAGGAUUAUGAAAAAGACGACAACAGCAAGUUUGGUUACACCAAGAAAUAUGACAAAUACGACUACUCAAAGGAUAACGAGAAAGAUAACGAUAAAUAUGACGAUACUAAGAAAUAUGAUACUUAUGACUACUAUUCAAAGAGUUAUGAUAAGUAUUACGACAAGUGUGGUUACUCGAAAAGAUAUGAAAAGGAUUAUGACAAGUAUGACUACACCAAAAAAUACGACAAAUACGACUACUCAAAGGGUCACGAGGAAGAUAACGAUAAGUCCGACUACUCCAAGAAAUACGACAAAUAUGAUUACUCAAAGGAUAACGAGGAAGAUAACGAUAAGUCCGACUACUCCAAGAAAUACGACAAAUAUGAUUACCCAAAGGAUAACGAGGAAGAUAACGAUAAGUCCGACUACUCCAAGAAAUACGACAAACAUGAUCACUCAAAGGAUAACGAGAAAGAUAACGAUAAGUCCGACUACUCCAAGAAAUACGGCAAAUAUGAUCACUCAAAGGAUAACGAAAAAGAUAACGAUAAGUCCGACUACUCCAAGAAAUACGACAAAUAUGAUCACUCAAAGGAUAACGAAAAAGAUAACGAUAAGUCCGACUACUCCAAGAAAUACGACAAAUAUGAUUACUCAAAGGAUAACGAGAAAGAUAACGAUAAGUCCGACUACUCCAAGAAAUACGGCAAAUAUGAUCACUCAAAGGAUAACGAAAAAGAUAACGAUAAGUCCGACUACUCCAAGAAAUACGACAAACAUGAUCACUCAAAGGAUAACGAGAAAGAUAACGAUAAGUCCGACUACUCCAAGAAAUACGGCAAAUAUGAUCACUCAAAGGAUAACGAGAAAGAUAACGAUAAGUCCGACUACUCCAAGAAAUACGACAAAUAUGAUUACUCAAAGGAUAACGAAAAAGAUAACGAUAAGUCCGACUACUUCAAGAAAUACGACAAAUAUGAUUACCCAAAGGAUAACGAAAAAGAUAACGAUAAGUCCGACUACUCCAAGAAAUACGAUAAAUAUGAUUAUAGUAAAGGCUAUGAAAAGUAUGAUUACCAUUCUGAUAAGUAUAAUAAAUACAGUGACAGCAAGGACUAUGAAAAAUAUGAUAAGUACAGUUACAAAAAGGAUCAUCAUGAUAAACAUGAUCAUGGUGAACACGGCCACCACGACCAUAAGGAUCAUCAUGAACAUCAUCACCAUAGUCAUUAACAUGAUGGAGACGAAGAAGACAAAGAAGAGUCAUAUGAUCAAUGUGAAAAGUAAAAUCAAAGGAACACCAGUAUUUAAUAUUAUAUUUUGUUUAGUAACUUAAAAU